AUGCACGCUAAACUUCUGAGCGAACUCCUUGUCGCUUGGAGUACGAACAGACCAGUAUUAGAACCCGCUAACCCUCCGUUUCGAUGCCUAACUGGGUUAUGGUUAUCACAAGUCAGUCAGUAUUUGAUCAAGAUUGGAUGGCACAAGGGGAAACCAAUAGCGAAAGAGGAGGCCGAUAAAGGACCAGGGGAAUUCGUGAGAGACAGAGGUCGGUUUCUAACCACGGACCUUCCAAUCAGUACCGCUCAGAAUACCAAAGGAGACAACUAUCUUAUGUCAGAAAAAUAUGUUUACGGGCCAGUUGACCAACUGCCAAAAGAACCGUAUGAUAAAUCACAAGAAAUGCUAAAUGGCGUCUCCCUCAAAGCAGUCGAACAGACAGAAAACGCGCCAAGUGACAAGAAAACCAGCUUGCCUGGAGGCUUUCUGGGAGGUAAACACAUUAAACUACGACCUCCUCCAUCCGAG